AUGGAGUAUCAGAAGAUGCAGACGAGUGGAAAAAGAAACAGGCUGCGCGGUUUUGUUUUGAUAGGCUUAGUAAUUUCCUUGAAGAAUGUAAUUAACAGUGUGCCACUUUAUGACUUUCAGUCAACAAGUGGGGGAUCUCUGGUUGGUGCUAUUAGUGGAUCUACACAACGUGAGACCCUAGUGGUUGGAAAGCCCUCAACUUCUAUGAUAGACUACUUAGCUAAGCAAAUUUGCAUGGUUGGGGUCAGACUAGACACUGAUAUUUUGUUCGGACAAAAUGGCGGCCGCAAAACUCUUCUUGUGCUGCCAGGGGUAACCCCAUUGGCCAUGCUUCAGAAUCCUAACAACAACAUACAACCAGACUUCUAUACCAACAAAAUUUCGGAUUUUCUUUCCCUGAAAGCUGCACCUGCAUGA